UGUAUGCACCAUUUGCCUUUAUCUUAACGUUUACAUAAAUAUGAUAUAUAAAGUUUAAGUUUCUGGGUAGCCUAAGCUUCUGAGGAUAGCCUAAUUUUGACCUUAAUAACAAAUGUGAACAGAACCUGCUUAAUGAGUCUGUAAAGUAAUGUCGUUUCAGUGUAAAAACAAAACUCCCAGAAGAUCAUACUUCGCGGUAGAAGUGCAGCUCGUGCCCUGCUCGCGGUCAAAUUCAAUGGCGUUCGCCGCGUGGAUCAAACAGCCCCGCGAAGCCUCUUCCAGUUCGCUGCCUCCCAUGGUCGACUUUUCCGCGCAUGCGCGCACGCCUCCACAUCCCGAGAGCCUUCAGUACGAGGUUUGUGUGGGGAGCCCAAAAAAUACCGCCUUCAACAACAACGCAACCGAAAUAUGGCUUUUCAUCGAAAUGGGACAUAAAAUACGUCUUUCAGGGGAGAUAGGGAUUCGUGAGACAAACGCCCGACCGCCUUUUUGUUGGUCUUUGUGCGCUUCCGAUGGUAGAUGGUAUCCAGCGAGCUGUAUCUGGCAGAGGAAGACGACGACUCGGCGAGUAAUAUGAAGGAGAUGAUCGGAGGCUGCUGCGUUUGCUCGGAUGAGAGAGGCUGGGCCGAAAACCCCCUAGUCUACUGCGACGGUCACGGCUGUAACGUCGCCGUCCACCAAGCCUGCUAUGGAAUUGUCCAAGUCCCCACAGGACCCUGGUUCUGCAGGAAAUGUGAAUCACAGGAACGUGCUGCCAGGGUGAGGUGCGAGCUAUGUCCUCACAAAGACGGAGCCCUGAAACGAACAGAUAAUGGAGGUUGGGCCCAUGUGGUUUGUGCUCUUUACAUCCCAGAAGUGGAGUUUGCCAACGUAUCCACCAUGGAACCCAUUGUGCUUCAGUCUGUCCCUCAUGAACGUUAUAAUAAGACAUGCCACCUCUGUGAGGAACAGGGACGUGAGAGCAAAGCUGCUACUGGAGCUUGUAUGACAUGCAACAAACAUGGCUGCCGACAGGCUUUUCAUGUCACAUGCGCUCAGUUUGCUGGGUUGUUGUGUGAAGAACAGGGUUCAGAUGCUGAUAAUGUGAAAUACUGUGGAUACUGCAAGUACCAUUACAGCAAACUGAGAAGGAGCAAAGGCCGUGGUAGUAGGGCUCAAUGCUUAAGUGAUUCUUCCACUCACUCUUUGGAUAAGCACCAUGACAAGGAAAAGAAGAAACAUAAAGAAAGAGAUCGCCACAAACCAAAGCACAAAAAAGCUUUGGAACUGUCACCUUCCUUGGUGCCAGCACUGAUGGUGACCUCUGAGAAGAGCUACAACAGCAGCAGUGGUGGAAGUGUCUCCUCAAUCUCCUCUGCUCAGAAGCGAUUGGACGACAGCGGAGGUCGUUUCACCAAUGCCAACUUCCAGGAAGUUCCGUCUCACUCCAGUUCCAGCUCCAAGGAUGGCAGCCUCUCUGAUGGCAAGAGCUCGGAUGGCAAAAGCAAGAAGUCCAGCAGUCACAGCACCAGCUCGAGCUCUGGCUCCAGGGGCCGCAAGUCCACGCCGGGCAAACCCCACGGCCCUGUGGUCACCACAGCGACGUCAUCCACAGCUCCCUCCUCAACCAGUCCAUUUCAGCAAGGUCUUUUAUUAGGCAGCAGCAGCAGUAAAUCAGCCACUAGUGGGUCUGUGGUCCAGCCCACAUCUGAUUUCCUCAGCUUCUCUGAUCCCAGCCUAAGGGCUGGCGACUCGUACACGCCUCCAUCCUUUAGCCGUUGCCACAUGAAGGGUGGUGUAGAAAGCACAGCCUCUGAAGGCAUGGUGGCUCUGAACACCUUCGGCAUGAUGUCCCUCCCCCAAAGCUCAAGCAAGCAUUACGAAAACUGUCACCCGGCCGGAGAGCUGGGAGGCCUGGCCUCAGCAGGCUACAAACGACCCCAGCCCUCUUCGUCCUCUUCAUCUGCAACAUCCUCUUCAUCUACUGGUGAAGACGGCGUGAAGAAGAAGAAGAGAGGGAACUGGAGGAACCGGUAUGGACCGUGCUUCACUACCCAGGACAGUAAAACCACUGAUACGGGAGAGCACGGCUCCACAAUGCCCUCGUCCACUUCUCCCUCACCGUCCUCCAUGAGCACUAUGUCCUGCCGUGGGAGUGCAGUCAGCAGUACUGCAGGUGUGGGAGCAGUGGGUGCUGGGAGCAGCAGUCUGGGGAUUCAGAAGUCCCCAUCCCUCCUCAGGAAUGGAAGCUUACAGGGUAUGACUGUCAGCUCCUCACCUGCUGGACCAGGUUCGUACUCCAGCAGUAGCGAUGUAGCCUGCCCAUUACCCAGUGCUGUGUUUGGAGGGUCUCUGUCCGGAUCCAACUCCGAGUUACCUGCUCAUCAGUCAGUGGUCACUUCCAUGUCAACUCUCACAUCUUUGCCCCCGACUGCCCCGUUCACCAGCACCUCUUCCACACAUUCAAACUCUCUACCGGGAUCCUUUAACCUGGCGCCAUCCCAUAUGUUCGGAAACAGGCUAAAUCCGAAUUCCGCCAUGGCUGCGCUGAUCGCUCAGUCCGAGGGCUCCCCGGCAGAUCAGGAGCUUGGAGACGGAGCUCUCGGCUUCUCCAGAAGAGGAAACUCACCAAAGACAAACCUCUCCCCUCGGUCUCCGUUAAGUGGGCUUCAUAUCCGGUAUGACUCGUCAGGACCGUUGGUUCCGGGGCUGGGAUCUGGAUCUGAUACGUUGCCCCCAGUGGCCACCAGCAUUGACCAGCUGUUGGACCGGCAAUGGAACGAUGGACAGCAGUUCCUCUUCCAACAGGGCUCACAAGGAGAUGUUCUGGGAAUGCUAAAGUCCCUGCACCAGCUGCAGGUGGAAAACCGGCGCUUGGAGGAACAAAUCCGAACUCUCACCAUGAAGAAGGAACGACUGCAGCUCUUGAGCGCUCAGCUCUCUGUGCCUUUCACCCCUGCGAGCACCACGGCCACCACUGCCUCCUCUCCUCUGUACCCCAGCAACACUCACGCAGACAUGCUGCACAGCAAGAGCAUUCAGCUAGGCAGCAGUGUUUUAACAGAGUCCUCUCAACCCUUGCCCACUCAGCAUCCCCUGUCUGGUGGCCAUAGUAGCGGAAGUAGCACGUCCUCUCUCUCCACCCCUCCGUCUGCGGCCCACAGUCCCCCCCAGCAGCAGGUGAACGGAGUUGGCAUGGCCGGGUUGGCCGUCCAGCCUGGCAAUGCCAACUCGACUCUCCCUGCCAUAGCCGGGGUGACGGGUCUGAUGGGCGCUCUGCAGGGGAACCACCUGGCCAUGAGUGGCAUCGUGGGCACCCUGAACGGAGUCAUCCAGACCUCCCCCAGCCUGCCCCAGAAUAGCAGCCCCCUGCCCCAUCCCUCAGCAGCUACCAGCGCAUCCCUGCCCAUGUCCAACAGUCUCAGUAACAGCAUGCCCGCUGUUAAAACCAGUGCGGCAAGGCUUUUCAGCGAUCAGCACAGACAGAUCUUCCUCCAUCAGCACCAACUUCAGCAGCUUUUCAGCUCCCAGCAGGUCACACCGGAACAGCAGCAGGCUCUGCUCUAUCAGUUAAUGCAGCAGCAGCAGCAGCAGCAGCAGAAUGACAUACAGCUGCAGCAGCUGCCAAUCAACAGCCUCCUGCCCGCCACCACUACAAACCCCUUCCUCACCUUACACAACGACAGCAACACUCCUAAAACUGGAAGACUGGGGGAGAAGGCGGUGUCUGUGACAGGACAAGAAAAGACCUGACGUACAAAACAACAUUUUGGAGGAGUUCUGCCUUAUGGAUCCCUCUCAUCUCCCCACCCCAAGAGACUUGCAAUCUGAGCAGCAAGACCAGAACAUUCAUGCACCAGCCUUUAUAUGUACACACACUUGCCAGUUUGAUGCCCAUCUGGCAAACAACAUGCUGCACUGAGUUUGAGUAAAUCACUUGCUGUAACCGUACUGGAUCCCAUGGGGGCCAAAAGACAGGCUCACACACAUAUGUGCACACACACACAGUCUCUCUCACCCUGCCAGUGUGCUGGAAAUGACAUGCUGGUGCGAGUCGCUGUGAGCGGACAGUGUAGAGCGAGGUCACGGAUGGGGACUGUAAGAUGGAGAUGCCUCUGGAACAGUAUCUGCCCACCGUUGUUACCUCUCUGUACCCCUUUAAUAAGAAACACGUAAUGAUAGUCUCAAUAAAAACCUGUCGUAUUUGUCCGUCUGCGUCAAAUAUUUCAAAGCUGAAGUGAUCAGACAUUUGUGCACCACGAAGGCCUUCUCUGCAUCCUGAUCUUGAGCUUCCCCUGUGAGGAGGCGUCCCAAAAGUCCACAAACUGUCUCACUGACCCUGCUGCACUCUUUGAAGAGCAACUACCUCUCAAGCCAGGACACACAGACCAGGCCCUGAACCCAAGUGCCUGGCUCCGAUCUCCAUGCUGCUUUUAGCUGGAGACGCUGCCAGUCUCUCUCCUUUUUAUUUUUCCCUCCAGUUGAUCCAAUGUUUUUUUGUGAAAUGAUUUGAUACCAAUCGGCGUCGCUCAGGCAAUACCAGUUCAGAGAGUCCCAGAGAUCUCUGCCUGUACAGUGACUGACUACACUGAAAAAAAAAAAAAUGAUUUCGAUUGUUUGCGCUGCAUUGAUCAUUUUUGAAGCCAACUUUCUAUUAUUCCUUUUUUAUUUAUUUGCAUUCAUUACAUGUUGGGCGCAAGGUAAUAUAUUCUAACGCUCGACUGGCAAAAAUGUUUUUUAUACUACUGUACAAAAUUCUCAGCUCUUUUGAGUCUUGUAAACAUUUUGAUGAACAUGUCUGCCUGGUGUCUGAAGUUCUAAAACAAGAAAAAAGCCUACUUGAUGAAUCUGUGGUCUUGUAAAUACGCCUGUUUUCCACCCCUUUCGCUUUUGUUGCUUUGUAAAUCUACAGAUGCAUAUUGGAUUAAGAAUAAGCUGUCAGAAUAAAUAAGAUUUAGUUUAGCACACUUUUACCUCUUUUCUGUUGUAAAUACAUAUUAGUGGUGUGAAGGACCGUUUCCAAGCACUGUCGGUGUGCUCCGAUCUUUUCCAACAGGCUUUCCACAAGACUGGUGACUGGAUAAAGUGUAUUAAUUUAUUUUUGUAUGUGCAGGGACUUUUUUUUUUGUUUUUUUUUGCACCGUUUUAUUGAUGUGGUUUUAUACGUUAUAGAUGUGGUAUGUCCACGUUCUCAUGUAUCUGUACAGAAAUUAUGCAAGAUCUCUAAAGUUUGUAUUUAAAACAUCAAAAGUGAAACCACGCGAGUCCUGCUUCAUAUUAAGAAAUCCGGAACACUGAGAUUGUAGUGUUGUGCUUUUUUCAGUGAUAAAUUAAAAUCUGUUUAUUGCAA